AUGGAGUUGUGGCUUAUGCCCCGAGCAGUGAACCGUUUGAUGCGAGAAACUCUGCGAGAUCUCGAUCGCUUUGACAGGGGAAUGUUUCCCUAUUGGAGAGAGGCCGACCAUUCAGUUCUGCAUGUGGGUAAUGAAACCCAGCAGAUGAUUAACGAUGACAAGAAAUUCGCCGUAUCCCUGGAUGUGUCGCAAUUCCGUCCCGAGGAGCUGAAAGUCCACCUUGAAGGAAGAGAGCUGACUAUCGAGGGCAAUCAGGAACACAAGAGCGAGGAUUGCUUCAUGAAUAGGACCUUUGUUCGCAAGUGGACUCUUCCGGAAGAUGUCGAUGUAGAUGCGCUUAGAACCCAACUGACCGACAAAGGUCAUCUGUGUGUUGAAGCACCAAAGGUUGAUGAAAGCGGAUCGAAGAAAAGAAAUAUCCCAAUCAUGGCAGCUCCAUCUAGUAAAUGA